GCGCAUAUUUUUCUGUUUGCAGAGCUGGAUGCAUGCAAGACUGUGUGUGUGCGUGUGUCUGUAUGUGUGUGCAGGAUGCUAAAAUCUGGAGCUGUGGAGAAGGGGGAGGGGCAAUGAAACGGACGAUGAAGAAAUAGAUGAAAAAAGGAAGAAAAAGGGGAAUAUAGAAGAGAAGAAGGGAGGAGGACGGAUGCUGAGGAGAGAGCGAAAGUGAAAAGAGCACUGAGGAGAGGUAGACGGAGAGAGUGAGGAGGAGGAGGAGGAGGAGGAAGGAGACGAUCUGCUGGAGGAAGCAGCAGCAUCGGUGAUUUUCUUGGGAAGCAAGGCGGCUAUCCUCUGUUGCCGUGACGAUGGGGUGCUGGCUCUCUGGACCAUGGAUGGGAGACCAAACGUUGAAUGGGCGGAGUCUAGCACACCUGAGCCAGCGGGAUGCUCUGAGGAUCUUGGCAGCCAAUCAGCGUCCAAUCACACUGCAGAUCAAGGGUCAGAGGGGGUGUGGCACUGAGGCAGACAGGGGGGCCUGGGAGACCCUGCCUCUUAACCUGCAGCAUCUCAACCUGCCCCUCCCACCAAUGGGGGCGGGGAUGAAUGCGUCCAGCCCCACCUACCAAGACAGACAUUUUUACGGCCACCUGGCUUUGCCACAAGAUCACUGUGAAGGAGGACGGUACGGCUACCUGUCCAGCUCGCCACGGGACACUGUGGACAUGGUCCAUCAGGAUCCAGAGCUGACUGGUCGUGGACCUAAUGGACAGAACUGCUUGAUGGGAUGUUGCAAUACAAACUUAGAAGAACCUAAUGGCUUCCACAGUCAGACGGACGACGAGGACUUCAUGCUUGAGAAGCCUCUGGGCUUCAUGCCCCUCCAUCAUGAGCUUGACAGCGGCCUGGGCUGGACUGAUGGCUCUCUCCACCAGGGGGACCUCUCAGGACUGGAGACAGAAGAGGGAGGCCUGGAUGACUGUCAUUCUCAUGGGGCCCUUGCCCCAGGGGGUUGUGGGGGCUAUGGAGGUGGCUCUCCAUCCUCUGAGUCUUUUAUCUCCUCGGAGCUUAGCGACUCUGGCUUCUACAGUGUGAGCACUGGGGAGUUCAGGCACUUCCAGAGGCUGCUGGAGAAGCGAAUGCGGCUGUACAAUGCUAGGCUGCAACACCAGGGCGAACCCUGUGAGAGGCGAGAGCGGCGGGAUAGCUGCCCCAAGAGCCACCGCGAGCUGCUGGAGGCUAUCCCUGAGGCGCUCACCAUGCAGCCUCAGUGUCCACGCCUGCAGCUCGGGAUGGAGGAGACUGCUGAACCUGUCAUGGACCUUCCACCUCGGGGACUUUUCAGGGUUUCAUCGGUCCAGUUCAAUAAAGCUGAUAGGCCCUGUCUGAACCGUCACAGCUCCAGCAGUGGAGCCCUCUUUAACCCCUCCCAUGCUGCAGUCUCAAGGAUGACAGCUCCAAUCCUCUCCACCUGCAGUACCCCCUCUAGCCAUCGGAGAUCCCUAGUUCCCAUCCAGCAGCACCACCAGGGCUCUAGUUCAGUGGGGAUGUUGAGGAGAAGCCGCACACUUCACCAUCGCCCUCCUCCUCAGGAGUAUCGUCGCAGGGCCAGCCACCCAGCCUCCCCCUCGUACUGUGCAGCAACCAUGCACCAUUGUGGGGGUGUUGCUCCAUGCAACGUAAUGCCGCUAGGCCUGCCAGAGGAAGGCGAGCUAAGGGUAGGUAUGAUUACUUCCCACCCAACUAGCUUGGCUGUCUCUCCCCAACAGCAUCCCUCAGCUCUGGGGCAUAUCAGGGGUACCAACAUCCAUGAGAGAUGCUAUGAGCAAAACAGCCAGAUCCCCCACCAUGACUACUGGCACUCCCAAGAAAGACACAUGAUGCCUGAACCAUUGUUAACAGAAAGGGACAGAGAGAUCGAGAGGGAAAUGGAACAGAAAAGGCAAAUGCAACAGGAGAAAGAGCUGGAGAGGGAGAGGGAGGCUCAGAUACAGGAAGAGAUGGAUAGAGAGAGGCAGCAGGAGCUGGGGAGGACCAUUGCCAGAGAUCAGCAGCACUUGCAGAGUUUGAUUUACCCUCCUCAGGCUGGAGAUGUCAAUGACACCUGGCCGAAACCUGCAAACCGUCAGUCCCAGGGGGCUGGUGGAGGAAGGGGGCUAUAUAGCACCCUGGAAGGCCACACAGGAGUUAACUGUGCUGCUGGAUGGGAUGCAAAGAUAGGACACAUCAACGCAAGUUCGAGCCCUAAUCCCAAUUCUGGUAUGCAGCCUAAAACUGAUCUUAGCUCCAAACAUAGCACAACCUCAAGGAUCUCCAGGAGCCAGCUCCUGAGAGACCGAGCAUCCCAGCUGGCAGAUGAACGUAGUGGGAUGAGCACAGAUGAGGAGACCAACACUGACAUGCUGAUGGGUCGAUACUGGAGUCGAACGGAAAGGAGGGAACAUUUCCUUUUGGCCCGUGAGCAGAGGCAGCAGCAGCAGCUGCAAGCUAGAGGAGUGACUUUACGAGAUUCAAUCAGCAGGGGAGGGGCCAUCACAGGAGGGGGAGGAGCUUCUGCUGGAGAUGGAGGUAUGCUUGACAGUAGAGUAGGCGGAGUUUUUACUGAUGGGCGAUGCAACACUGUUCUGGAGAUGAGUCAGAGGAAGCUGAGUCGUUUGAGGAACAGGAAGCUAUUGGAUGACUGGACAACAGUAGAGGAGCUCCUGACUCACGGGACCAGGCUUGAUAACCAUGAUGACAUGCUGUGUCCCAGCUCCCUGCUGACAGUCACCACCGUCUAACUGCAUGGGCAUCACGUCUAACAGUAACACUGUGUGCAAGUGUGUGUGAUAUUACGCUAACAAUACAUUUUUAGUAAGUCAUGUUGUUCUGUCUUUGCCAGAUUCACAUAAUGAGAUAGAUAUUAGUUAGAGUGGAGUAAAGAAAUGGGUCCAGGACAUGUUUAGCCUGGACACAAAGAAGAGGACCUUGUCCAAUCAAAUGAGGGAAAAACUCCAGAGCUGAUCAAAAUAAAAAUAAUUACCUUGAUUUGUCUAACUCUGAUUUGGUCAUUAAAGAACUACUUCAAUGCAAAAUAAACAUUAGUUCUGCAGCUGCAAAGCCUCAAAAGAAUGACACAUUUUGUUCAUAAACAAACUAAAGUCCAAAUUGUACUUUAUUCAUGGCUGGCAGAUUUUUUCUGCAUGUUCUAAGUGAUAAAAUGUUCAUCUUCUGAAAUACAUGCAGACCCAUCAGUGAGCAUUUUUAUCCAUCCUCACAAUUUCUGACUUUGAGAUUGCUCACACCUACAGGACAAUGAGCAGCUUUUAGCCUGCAUCCUGCUGCCCUAGUCUGCUUUGGAGUAAAAUGUUAAAUUAUCCAACAAAAACAGGGUCCUCAAGAUUUCUGCAUCUGAAGGGCGAAGACUAAUAUCCACCUUUUCAAAUGACUCUAGGAAGGACAGAGAACAUGAUGAUUUAUGAAAAUGUUUGACUGUUCCUUUAAUGAAUGUGCGUACGAGAGCAAACCUCACUGUUUUCGCUGUUCUCACCUCAACUGAUAGCUUUAUGUGUGGGUGUGUCAACACUGUACAGCACUCCGGACACAAUGUGUCAGUGCAUGACGCUUGUAAUGACAAACAACCGAACAAGGUCAGAUGAGCGCCUAUGUUUGAAUCAUGUGGUUCAUGCUACAUCGUAUGCUACAAUCCCCCCCCCCCCACAAAGUCUUUAUCAAAAUUACAAACAAUCCUUAAAAAAAAAGACCAUGAGAUUUCGGGGAGCAAUACCGUUCUGCGUGAUUUACCAGGCUGUGCACUAAUGACAAAGUACUACUUUUACAUCAGGGCCACAGAACACAUCAACUGUAGCACUGAGGACAAUGAUAACUUAGAUUUGAUACCAAAUCAUAAACAGUUUUUUUUUAUAGGAACACUGUUUACAGUUUAAGUAUUGAUUGGUGAGAGCAAUGGUGGGGAGAAAUGUGCCAUGGGGAUUUGCAGAGGAUUUCAACCAUUACCUUCCUCUGUGUUUCUGGAGGAUAUUAUGCCACAUUCACGUCAUAUCUUUCAGACCGUACUUGUAUGCAGCCAAAGCUAUUACAGAAGCCCAGACUAACCUGCUAGAUUUAAUUAGAAACAGAGGUUUUUAGGAUCUGACAGCAACAAUGUUUCUCACUAGCUGUAAUGAACUAGGAAAUAUUGAUAAUAUGGCUAAGAAAUGUCAAGGUCCCCAUUGGCAGUUACAUCAAAAUAAUAGCAACUUUUACUACUUGUACUGUUGAAUUGGAUAUAGAAAGGAUACAUACAUGUAAGAAGUAAAUAGCCCAAUCAAACUUAACAUUUCUAUUUGCUCUUCUGAACACGUUCUGCUAUUUGAGAUUGGAAUUGACCUGUCUUUAUUUAGGGCACAAGUUCCUAAUUUAAUGCAUUUCUCUGCCGGCAAAAUAUCAGUCGAGAAUAUCUAGUUUGGGCUACUGUACCAUAGUUAUGAUAUUAGUUAUCUGAACUUGCUUUGGGAGUUUCAACCUUCUCUAUUUUCAACCACAUCCUACUCUUUGAAGCCAUUUGAUGAGAUCAGAGUAGAUUAAAGUGCAACUUGAUUUGAGGGUCUAACCAAAUUGCAGAAAACGAACAUAGCUGUAAGGCAGCACAGCUGCAGCAGCUGGUUGUCUGAAAUCACCUUCAUGUGAUUCUUAAAAUAAGAGGUUUUUCUUUUCUUUCUCGUUCUUACUUUUCUACUGAUAUGGUGUGAAUGCAGCAUAAGAUUUUUGGCCCCUCAUGGUCCGUGGCUUCCUGUUCCUGCAUCUGUGUUUACUCUUGGCAGGAUGUUUACAAGUCUACCUAUCCAGGUAACAGCUUAUGCAUGUUUAUUGAAAUCAAAUGUGAUGCAUCGACUGUGCACCUCAAGUCAAUUUGUCCAGACUGCUGCAGCAUCUAUAGAUUUGGGAAGGAGAGAGAGCUUUAGUCAGUGUUGUUGACUUUCCACUGAAAGCUGACACAAUGCGUGAGUAAAUCUGAAAUCUACUGAUUUCAGGUCUGCAGUUUGGGAAAAUGUGCAAUAAUACCUCAAGCUAGUUUUAAUAUGAUAAUGACAGAGCUCUGUGCACUGCCUGUCAUGUUUCCAUUGAAUGCAGUUACUCGUUUUAAAACACAGAUGCACAAAAGUAACGAGUCGGUGCACAUCAUCCUAGAGUCUACGGAAAGCGCAAAGGUCAUGUAGAUAUCCCCAUUAUUUCUUUCCAUUGUUUUCCAUUAGAGGGACCUAAAAGAACAACUUUUUGCACAUAAUCUUUUGAUACAAAAAGUUUUCCCUACCUUUCUGUACCAGGGACGGAGGCCAGUUGAACGACUGUAGAUAGAACGACAGUGUGUAUCGGUGUUUUCUUUAUGAACUAUCAUAGUGAUUUAUGGAGGAAAAAAAAUCUGUUUAUCGUCAUUGUGUUGGACAUAUUUAAAUAAUUUUCUUGUGAUGGUUACAAAACUAAUGUGAAAAGUUUUUAUGAUCUUUAGACUCUUUAAAAUCUAGUUGAUUUACCUAGAAGCUGGUGAAACUUUAAUUUACCAUUUUUUAAAGAGUGGACACAAAAUGUGAAUAUUAUUGUCUCUUUCAAUGGCUAAAUUGAAAUUUACUGUUGUUUUGUGUCAUUAUGACAUGUACAUAUUGAUUUUGUCAGAAGGUUCAGACGAGGUUGGACUUGCAACAGUAUCAGGACACGCUGAUUCCAUCAGACGCCUCCAGUGGUUUAUCAUGUGAUUCUGUGGGUUUAUAGCUGUGUUAUGGAGGCUGUAUAUACAGCACAGAGAUUUACAUUUGUAGUAUUAGUACAUUAUCACUCACAAUAUUGUUACAAUUCAUGGGAAGUAACUCAGAUUGUACUGAAUGUUAAAUGUGGCAUCCAUGAAUUAUUACACUGACACUCUAAUGCUCUAAACACGACGAUAAUCUGGAAAAUCAUCUUGUUUUGUUCUUUCUCCAGGGUUAGAUAUAUCAAAUGGAUAUCACUUCAUCUCUGUGUCCCGGACAGAGAUGCUUCUAGGAUGUGUUUACAAUGCAUUAAGUACUGUGAGCUAGAUUCUAUGAUGUCAGCACGCUACCAUGCUCAAAAUGACAAUGUCAGCAGACUCAUAUUAAACAGACUCCCUGGUAAGGUUUAAUUUACUUUGUUGAACUGAAAACAGAGUGUCUUUUGAGAAUCAUGAAUAUGUUACGAGUUCUUCUGGUAUUGGGUCAUAAAGCAACAUUUUUACAAAAUUCUUAUUUCACCUGAUGAUGGUGCUGGUUGAAAUGUUAGAAUUUAUCCCAAGGUCACCUUGUCCAAACAUAUUUUUGCAGACAUACAUGGAAACGUUUGUAAAAAUGUCAGUCAGGAGAAGGUAAAACAAUGACAAAACACUUGCACAUUUGUAUUAAUUUACAUGUUGUAUCAUCAUCAUCAAGCCAACAUUUUGUUAACUGCUUCUAAAAUGAGUCCAAAAUUAAGGAAGCUGACAGAUGGAAUUUCUCUGUGGCAUUACAGAAAUUGCAUCAGAAAUACAAGACAUUUUAAGACGUCUUGGUAGGAUUAGAAUAGGGGAAAGUAAUAUAAUUAAAAGUGGCAGAAUUAGCUCUUAGUCCUGGCAUGCUUGCCGACUUUCCAACUGUAAUUAGAUAAUAGGACAAUUAUUCAGACCAGACAUUGUUCAUUGACAUUCACAUUUUUUUACUAGACCAAGCCAAAUGUCUGCUUUGAAAAAUGUCCAUAGAGAGCCAAAGUGAAAUGCGAAGAGGCAUAAUGCCCUGGGCACGACGCAAUCUCACAUUUCACCAACUAUUGUCUGGUGACAAUUUUUAAUUUCAUUAGCUUGUUUAAUUGAUCUACAUUGACAUGCAAAAUGGAGUUAGUAGACAUUAGCCAAAGAUGUCUUCCCUCAACUCCAACUCCAUUUCUGCAUCUCAAAUUGCUCAUAGGACUGUAAUAAUGACCAGCACCACAGAUAUACAUUCUUGGCUGUGUUAGCUAUUUCCCAGAUAUCCACUGGCUAAUGCCCUGAAAUAUUGGCCAUCGCCCCUUGAGGCUACAGAGCUGUCCGGUCAUUGCUGAGGCGUUCCCAGAUUGAACAUGUAAGUUGCAGUCAUCUUCAUUGGCUUGAAUGCAAUGUUUGGCUUUGUGCUCAUUUUCCCACAUUAACAUUUCUGGAAUAAGGAAAUAAAUCAGUGAUGGGUGAGUAGUGGUACUGCUGGGCCUGAGUACCUGCUUUGUUUGUCCUGCGCACAGAAAGAUUAAACUGAUAUCCAUCUUUUAAACUCACCCUGGAGAAAACAGAGAAUAUGAUGAUUUACAGAAAUGCUUGUUUGUUGAAAACACUUGGAAUCAGAAGUGAAAUCAAACCUCAACCCGGUUUGUUUCCACUUUUAUUCCUCUCUCGGCUGUGACUCAAAAGGUCUGAAUAAUGGAUGACGAAGAAAGAUUAUUUUUUUUCCUUCUCACCCGCCCCCUUCACUCUCUUUGCUUACGUUACACAAGGACACAGAGAGCUGAAAAUAGUGCUGCUGCCUGUCCUCAUGUGAUGUGAAAUUAAAAGCACACUGGAGCGGAGACACUUGCUGCUGGGGAAUUCUACACUAGAUAUCAGUCCAUCUGACAAUCCCUCCAUCCAGCUUGCAACACAACCUCCAUCAGUCUGUGCAAGGGUACUUUUCACGACAGCAAGCUUUUUGGAAUAUGAUGAUGUAUAUGUGAUUGUAAUAAAGAGAUUUUAAUUAGCUA